GUGAAACAAAGCGGCCGCGAGGCGGCCGCUACCUGCUGACCCCAUUCCUCUCGGACCCUUGACCCUCAGACACUCAGAGCCAUGGCCCUACCGCUGCUGCCAGGCUACGGCUUCCACCGCAAAGUGGGAAAGGAUAAGUGCCAUAGAAUGCUGGUGACUGAAGGUAAACCUGGAAUAGAUGGACAGCUUCCAGGGCAAAAGACGAAGCCUAAAUACAGUGCAUUUCCUAAAGCAAUGGGAAAUGCAGUACCAUCCUGGGUAGCUUUUGAUAAACAGGUAUUAUCUUUUGAUGCCUAUGAAGAGGAUGAAAUACAUGAUAAAAGGCAAGAAAACUAUAGAAUAAGACGCUAUAAAAUCUUCUUCUACCUUGAAGAUGACACAAUUCAAGUAAAUGAACCAGAGGUGAAAAAUAGUGGACUGCCUCAAGGGACUUUUAUCCGGCGUCAUCGGAUUCCUCUCCCACCUCCUGAUGAUGGUCAGUUUUAUACUGUGUAUUGUUUCAAUAUCGACAUAGACAUUGUCUUUUAUGGCCGGACUUUCAAGAUUUAUGACUGUGAUGCAUUCACAAAAAACUUUUUGAAGAAAAUAGGAAUCAAAUUAAAUCCCCCAGGACAGUGUCCAGAAGAUCCUUACACGAAGAUGCGGAGAGAGACACUAGACUGCGUGCAACCUUUACAUCCCUAUGAGUCCUUUGACACCCUGAAACAGUUCCUCGAGUAUGACAGAAAGGUUUUGCGUUUCUUCUGCCUAUGGGAUGACUCAGUCUCAUUGUUUGGGGACCGUAGACAACUCAUCUUGCAUUACUUCUUGUCCGAUGAUACUAUUGAAAUCAAAGAAUUGCUGCCCCACAACUCAGGCCGGGAUCCUAUGUCAUUUUUCCUCCAGAGGGCAAAGCUACCCAAGUAUGGCCCACCUGGAGUCUAUCAACCAGGAGAGGUAACAGAUCGACUAGUUCUCAAUGUGUAUAGUGGCUAUAGAGUGAGCCGAGUGCAUGGCUACCUGUUGGAUAAAUACAAGACGGGAAAAUUAGAACAAGAGUUUUACAAAGAUACUGACCUGUCCAUAGGCACCACCAUCAAUGUGUGGGGAAGGAAAGUGCUCCUUUGUGACUGUGAUGAAUUUACGAAGACUUAUUAUAAGACUAAAUAUGGAAUUGAGAACUUUCCCUCAAUUUCAUGCAAGGCUCCAUCUCCUCCAAAAAUAGAAAGGAAAUUUCCACCUUAUACCGGCUUUGGUUCUGAAGAGGAUUCUCUCCGCUCUUGCAUAGGCCUUGUGCCCAUACCUCGUCCUAAUCUGGAGGACUUCAGGAAGUUCAUGGAAAAAGACAGCUAUGGCAACAUAAGCAAUACACUCCGCUUCUUUGCAAAACUGAUUACAGACAAAUGUGCCGACCAGGACAGGCUGUUUAUUAUUUCAUAUUUUCUCAGCAAUAACACAAUUUCAGUGUUUGAACCCAUAGAGAGGAACUCAGGGAAUGCUGGUGGAUUGUUCUUGAAAAGAAUGCGUGUUAAGAGGCCUGGACAAGAAGUCUUUAAAAGUGAACUGUCAGAAUAUAUCCAGCCUGAGGAGCUGUAUAUUGGAGCAAAAGUGAACGUGAAUGGCUACCUAUUUAUUUUGCUCAAUGCUGAUGAGUACACCUUAAAAUUCAUGGAGGAGAAUUCAGAUAGGUUUCCUUUUAGCAACCUUGAACUUGCCCUACAAAAGUUGAGAGAUGAAAAAUCAAAAUCCAGAGAGAUCAAGCAGGUAUUUAGGGCUGCUGACUGUAAGCUCACGAAGAUGGUAGAUUAUAAUACAUUCAGAGACAUACUGAUGAGUAUAACUGUUGGGAAACUCACAGAGCAAGAAUUUAUAACCAUUGUACGUCACUAUGGGGCGCCUGAGGAACCGUGUCUAGAUGGGAAUCUCCUACUUGCAAUGGCCCAUGAACAGCUCAAGAAAAAUUUUUUUGAGAAUUUUGAAAGACUCAUUUCUUGCUGUAUGUAUGAAGAUCGUGAAAAAAAAAAUGUAUUACCCAGCAAAGACAUCAGAAGACUGUGCAAGUCCUCCAGGUUACCUUUGACUGAUGAUCUUCUAGAAGCCUUAGUGUCCAGGUUUGAAGACAGUGAAGAACAAAUCAAUUAUGAGUCAUUUUUCUCUGCCCUGAACUGGAGAAUAAAUCGGAUGCCUGAAUUAAUAGCAAUAUCGCCCUUGAAAGAGAGAUGUGAAGAUGUGUGGAUCGGGAUGCCAUCACCUAUUCCUUCGAAAUACGUUAACUAUUUUAAAUUUUUAAAGGAUGUGUAUGGCUUAGAGGUGGAGUAACCAUGCCAAUUUAGCUCAACUCCUUUGAUUUCCUGUUCUAAUUUUGCCAAGUUUAUUUCAGUGGAUAUAAUUUCAUUAAAAACAGAAAAGAAACAAUUUCAAUUGAAUUGAAAUCCAGACACUAUAAUUAAUCUCUUUGUCAUUUUAGUUUUUCAGAACAUCAUAUUAUAUUGCUGAUGUACCAGUGCUAUUAAAAAUGUCAUUUAAAGAAACAUCGAACAUUUUUAUUUUAUGUAUGAUUUAUUAAUACCAAAGAAUCUUAUGGUAAUUUUGUAACCAACAUAAUUUGAUUUAUUACAACUCAAAAAGAAAAUGACUUUUGACAGCUAUACAUAGCAAUAUAAAAUCAAAUUAUAUCAAAGUAAUAAAUUGUGAUUCUAUUAAACAUUUUUUGAAAUCUUUUUGACAUUUGUUACCUGUAUAAUUAAACUUUGUAGCAACCCAUCUUAUCAAAAUAAUUCUUAAACCUCUACAGUGAAGAUAUUUAUUUUCUGAAAUUAGCAAAGCUGUGAGAAGAAAAGGAGUCCAUACUCCCUGCAACACGCACUUGCAGGCAUGUAAAAAUUUGGGAGAGAAAUUGAAACAUAUGCGGUGUUUAUAUUUUAAUGCCCUUUUUAUACCCAAAGUUAGCUUGUUAAUUUAGGAAUAUAUGCAUGUGUGUAUAGUUUUAGUAUGACCAAAAAUGUAUUAUGUCUAAAAUAUUUAAGGAUGUGAGGGCUGAUGAGUUUGAGAGAUCAUUUUGGUUCAUUCUCCAUACACAUAUACCAUCCACCCCAGGGGUUUAACUAUUCUAAGACUACAGCAUUUUCCUCCUACAUUUCUCUGGUUCCAUUUUUCUUAUAACUUUUUAUUGAUUUCAGAGAGGGAGAGAGAAACAUCAAUGAUGACAGAGUCAUUAAUCAGCUGCCUCCUGCACGCCCCCCACCGGGGAUCAAGCCCCUCAACUUGGGCAUGUUCCCUAACGGGGAAUCGAACUUCAAUCUUCUGGAUCAUAGGUCGAUGCUCAGCCACUGAGCCACGCCUGGCCGGGUUCCAGUUCUAUUUUUAUUUUUCUUCUAGGCCUGUACAUUAUGAAUCUCAGCAGAACUUUUGUCAUGUAAUGUAUAUUUGAUUAAUACUCAUAAUCAAGGACCUCUGGGAAUUUAUUGUAAGAAGUUUGUCCCAAUCUACCCCAGUCUUCAGUGUUGGGUGCCACAUAUCAUAAGUCCAGUCACCUGGUGUUCUCAGAGACAAUGGAAGCCUAUGGCAAAGUGACUUCAACCUUUACCUUUCAGGGUCUGCUCUGAGGAGAGGAAGAGGGUGAUAUCUCAGGGGCCUUCUCCACAUUUGCAGUAUCUUCUUGCCUAAACAUGAGCUGGCUUCUUGGCACUCACAUAUUCCAAUUUGCUUGACAACAAUGGCUCUUUCAAUUUUUAAAAUUCAAGUUAAUAAACUAUUUCUAUAUAUAAACUUAGGAUAAUUCUACAUGUCGUUGUUGGAAUAGACCCCAUAGGACUUUCCAAUAAACUAGAAUAUUCAAUUUAUAACCUAGAACCAUUUACUCACAAAAAUUUUGACUAUGUGAUUUUUAUCCCAGGUUGUUUUUUGUUUGUUUUUGUUUUGUUUUUAAGACAACUAACAGUGCCAAGCCAUUUUGUUACUUUAAGAUUUUUCAUUCCCCAGAGAACAAACUUUUAGAAGAAUGACAUUUUCCUGGAACUUUUCAGGCUUAUGUAUUUGUCACUUACCUAUUCAACUCUUCAGUCAGUUGUCUUUCCCUCAAGAUUUUAAAUAUGUAGAUAAUUUAAGCCUUGUACAAGCUUGUACUAUAACUCAUUUGAGAAGUAGGAGGAGACAAGGAAGCAAACCAGUGAUAUGCUCCUGAAUUUGUAGGAUGACAACUGCUUAUUCUUUUGUAUAGAUGUGUGUUACUGCCCUUGUUAUUCGAAGUUCAAGCCCACAAUUAGCAAUUAGAUGGCUAUUAUAGGAAUCAUGCCGAUAAACAUGAUACACUGCAGCAUUACGGACACUUUAAAUAAUUAUUCUUUUUAUAACUAAGCCAUAUACUGAAGGAGAUUUAUAAUUUAGAGAUAAUAUCCCCAUUAGCAAAGUUUACAACCCAAUAAACAGCUUCUAUUAGUUAAUAAAUGCCAAAGCCAUAAAAAUAAUGACCAUUAAUGUAAUAGAAUUUCUGUACAGUCCUCUUUUGCUAGUGGUCUCAAGGUAUUGAAGGGAAAUGCUAUCUUAGGAAAAACAUUUAUUCUCAUUAUGUAAAUAUCAAUGAAUUGUCUUAUAAUCCAUCUGGAAAUCUCCCAGCACCUCCUUUGGUCCAAGGUGGUCCUGAAAUGCUUAUGAAUUCUGCUUAGGUUUCAAGCAGUAGAUAACUGGUUUUCAGCACAAAUAAACCCUGUGACUCAAAUAAUUGGGGGAGGUGGGGGAAAAUGCUGGAAUUUGUCUCUUCUCUUCUCUCUAAAAAAGAGAAAUUCUAACUAUUGCCAU